AAAAUGAAUUUUUUAUCCCUCAGGCACGAAAAUGGUGCUAUUUCGUGUCUUCCGAGAAGGUAGAAAACAACUCAUUCUUCCCUGCGGGUAAAAUUGAGUUUCAGUUCUCCCUAGGGCAAGAAAAGUGGGUAAUAAUGAAAAAACUGGUCAAAAAUGGCUCUUGUUUAACCUAUGCAGAAGCAUUUUUGACUAAAGCAGUUUCGGCUGUAACAGAGACAACGUACGCUGAACGGGCAGUACACUCUCAGCAGUCGUAUGCGUCGUAUGCGCAAACGCCGUGUAGCGCGCCUUACCUUGUCUUUCCGGUCUUUCCUAACCUCAGUAUUUCGCAAGAAGCACAUGUUGACAACUCCUUUCAUAUUCGUCAAAUAUUUUUAUCAUUUUACAAACAAUGAGCAAAGAAAACGAAUUUCGCGAAAGUGAUUUACCUCGAGAUAUUGCUGAAGCCGCUGAUGCUGCUUUAGCAGAAGUGAUACCCGAAAAGUCGAAAGAUAAUUAUGAAAAGGUUUACAAUGCCUACCAGGAAUGGAAAAUUAGAAAAGGGAUUACAGUAACGUGUGAAAAAGUGCUAUUUGCCUAUUUUAAAGAACAAUCAGAGAAAUAUAAACCCACUACUUUAUGGUCCCAAUUUUCAAAGUUAAAGUGCAUGAUAAAUCUUAAGGAAAAAAUCAAUGUUGACAAAUUUGCGGAAAUGACGGCGUUCUUAAAACAAAAAUCGAGAGGAUAUAAUCCUAAAAAAUCUAAAGUAUUCUCAUCACAACAAAUUCAAAAUUUCCUCGAAAACGCUCCCAACGAACACGACCUGGAUAAAAAGGUAAUAAUUCUUUUCGGAAUUUUCGGCGCAUUUAGAGGUGGUGAACUCACUAAUGUAACCAUUAAAGACAUUGAACGUCAAGGAAGUCUUUAUUGUGUCAAAGUCCCCACAACGAAAACAAUGAAGCCUCGCUCAUUUGUAAUUCCUGGAGAAUAUUGUUCUCUUAUAGAUAAAUAUAUUAAAUUGCGUCCAACAAGAGUUACCACAGAUCGGUUCUUUUUGAAUUACCAGAAGGGAAAGUGCACAGUUCAGGUUAUAGGGAAAAAUAAAAUUGCUGCAGUUCCACAAAAAGUUGCUGAAUUUUUGAACUUGACAGAUCCUGAAAAUUAUACAGGGCAUAGUUUCAGGAGAACAUCAGCAACGAUGCUUGUCGAUGCUGGUGCAGAUUUAAUGAUGUUAAAAAGACACGGGGGAUGGAAAAGUUCUGCGGUCGCUGAAGGCUACGUUGAAGAGUCCAUGGCAAAUAAAAAGGAAAUAGGGAGUCUUUUUUCGAAAAUGAUCGAUAUGCCAUCAACCUCCGCCUCCGUACAAAUGUCAGUAGAAACUACUGCUGGACCUUCGAAAAUUUUGCCAAACGAAAUGUUAAAAGAUAAAAAUUUUAAUUUCACGAAUUGUAAUAUCACUUUUAAUUUAAAGUAACAUUAUUUUCUACAAGUUCCUUCUCGAGUUCGUGAUAUUAAAAAUCUUUGUGAUUUAAAGUAUUAUAUGUAUUUUCAAACCGUUACGUUUUUUCAAGUCUACUAAAUGUUUAUUUUGACUUGCAAUUUAUAAUAUUUUUAAGUUGUUUUUUGUUCUUAACAUGUUUUAAGUGUUACCUAACAGUAUUUAGGUUUAAAGUAACUUAAAAAAAGACUAAAAAUGUCUUGUUGACUGAUACAUUAAGAGAUUAAAAUUAUUAUUUUACAGGUGAUAAAAUCACUUUUAGCUUUAAGUAAAAG